GUGGUAGCCUUCAUACUUCCUGCACGUAGUAGCCAAAAGCAGACUUUAUAAGUAGUCCGAUGGAGCAGUAAACAAUGAAUGGGACCGAUGCAAUGUGAAUGGUGAAAUUAUUAUUGCUAUUAGUAGUUAUCCGGUAUGAACAGGAAACGGGCUCUGAUUUCAGAAACGUUCAAAGUGAAGAAAAGAAGAAACGGCACAGAGAAGUUUGGAGAUGUCAGUGAUGGUGAUGGGCCAACUGACAUCAGAUCCACCCUGGAGUACCUCAUGUCGCUGUUCCCCAGAAAGCUCUUCAAUGACGCCCUGCCUCAAAUUGUUCUUAAGCACCAACUCUACAGCAUACACAAUGACAAGACUUUGGUGGACAAGGAGGUGAAUAAACUGCGGGAAGAAGCAGAACUGCUGAUGUUCCAGCUGGGAUUUGAUGCAGAGGCCUUUGGGCUGAUUUUCGCUUCAGACUACAAGGCCAAAGUGCUGGCAGGACAGGAGGGCAAAGAGACAAGAGCGACAGUGGAGAAGUUCCUGGAGAAAGUUUUGACUUCCUCUUGCACAGAUCUGAGCUUCAGCAAAGACAGAAUGCUCAGGGAGUUCCUCUUCACAGACUCGGAGAUAACUCAGCUGGUGAAGUCAGGGGUCCUGACGGUGAGGGACGCGGGCAGCUGGUGGCUUUCCAUUCCCAACUCGGGCAAAUUCACCAAGUACUUUAUACAGGGUCGUAAAGCUGUGCUCGGCAUGGUGAAGAAGUCCAAAUAUAGUGAAGUCUUAAAGGCAGAGCUCGAGGAGCGGCGAACAACCACACAAGUGAAAUUCCACAUGAAAUACCACAUCCAUGACAUUGUUGGUGCAGAGCUGGUAGAGAGCAUACCUACAACUUCAGGGACACUACUGCGAUUUGUUGAUUCCUGAAGCAGUGCGACGAGACGGACAUCAGUGUUUGGUUGAAGUCAGCGAGUGACUAAAGAUGUGAAAAUGCAUGAGAUGAACAAAACUUGUGAAAAGUGUUUGUUUGAGGACUUUGAGUAAAUUAAUUUGAGAUCUCAGAUUUGAUUCUGUGCCAAAUGUUAUAUAAAACCUUGUGGGUUUAUGAAUCAUCAAUUAUGUUGACAGGACCUUGUCAGGUUUUGAUUUAUCUUGUAAUAAAUAUGAUUUGAAAUUC